CGUCACUCUUUUCCUCCAUAUCACAAAAGCAAAACGAACCAAAGUGGUGCUGGUGAAAAACAGUGAAAUUUAUCCGUAGAAAAAUCCUGAAUUCCGAUUCCCAGCAGCGUCCGGAAGACACGCCCAGCAGUGUCCACACGAUGGCAGACACGGUGGACGGUGGGGACAUUCCCAAGUCGAAACGACCUUCAGACUCUGCCUUCAAGCAGCAGCGACUUCCGGCGUGGCAGCCCGUGCUGACGGCGGGUACCGUCCUCCCUGCAUUCUUCGUCAUUGGAAUCGCUUUCAUCCCCGUCGGGGUGGCACUGCUGUAUUUCUCCAAUGCCAUCACGGAGUUCGUGUACGAUUACACCAACUGCAUCCAAUCGGGCAGCAUGAAUCGCACCUGUUCCGAAGUGCUCAGCUCCAAGGAGGCGGACGAGUGUUCGUGUGUGGUAAACUUUACGCUGGAGAAGGAUUUCCUCGGCAAGGUGUACAUGUACUACGGGUUGACUAACUACUACCAGAACCACCGGCGGUACGUGAAAUCCCGGGACGAUGACCAACUGCUGGGUCGCUUGUCGAUGACUCCAUCGAGCGAUUGUGCCCCGUUUGCGUACGUCGAUGACAACCAGGACAAACCGGUGGCCCCCUGUGGAGCGAUUGCCAAUUCGUUGUUCAGCGAUACGUUCGAGCUGGUAUCGGAAAAGUACGGUCCCGUACCGCUGCUGAGGACGGAGAUUGCCUGGCCAUCGGAUAGGAAGAUUAAGUUCCGCAAUCCGGAGGGCGAUCUGCGGGAGGCGCUGAAGGGAUUUUCCCGACCGAGGGACUGGAAGAACGAACUGUGGGAGCUGGACCUGCACAAUUCGGAUAACAAUGGAUUUCAGAACGAAGACCUCAUCGUAUGGAUGCGCACGGCCGCUUUGCCUAGCUUCCGCAAGCUGCACCGUCGCAUUGACCACAACAAGAAGUACUUCGAGGACGGUCUGGGCAAGGGAAACUACUCGCUGAAAAUCAACUACUCAUAUUCGGUUAGCGAAUUCGAUGGCACUAAGAAGAUCAUCCUCUCGACGACCUCGCUGCUGGGUGGCAAGAAUCCGUUCCUUGGCUUUGCCUACAUCAUCGUCGGCAGCGUCUGUCUGCUGUUGGGCAUCGUCCUGCUGGUGAUUCACAUCAAGUGUAGCAAGAACACUUCCGGCAUCAACAGCGUUAGCCAGCGUACGCCGUACACAUAGGAGUUACUGUCGCUGAACAGCUAAAUGGAGCGUUUCGUUUUCAGUGAAAGCUAUAACUUCUGUUUUACUACUCUAUGUCCUAUCUACGUUUCCCAUCCUUGGUAAGAAAUUAGGUUAAGUUGGGUUCGGUUGUUCAAACCAGAAUGCGCAAUGUGAUGGUAAUAUUUUUCUUUUGUUAUUUUAAAUUAAAUUAAUAGGUGCUUAUUUAUCGAGUUACUUUAUACUCUACGACAUUCAUCAGAUUCAGUAUUCUAGUUCGUUCUUUGUUACUAAAAAAUAAUGUUGGAAAAGCUUUAUGAAACCGGAAUGAAGCUGUUCACCGCCCACUAACGAACCGUAGAAAUGUGACAGAAAAUAAUCAUAAAUGUGGCAAAUUUAGAAUAAAUUAACGAAAUUUGGGAACGUUUGGCACACACUUGAUAGAUGUUUCGAAAUGAA